AUGCUCGAGCAUCUCAGGCUGGCGGUACCAGCCGCCGCGGCGCUGUUCUGGGUGCUGGGCAGGCUGCGCCCUAGGGGGGACAGCAAGCCCGCUGCCGCCCAGCCCGCAGCUGAUCAGGAUGAGGGGGAGGAGGUGCAGGUGGAGCUGCCAUCGGGCAAGGGCCCCCAGCUGCCGUUUGCGCCGCCGGCGCCGUUCCGCUCGGUGCUGCUGGACGUGACACUGCCCAUGUCGCUGGCCGCCGUCUGGCUGGCCCUCUUCCACAACGCCUCAGCCCUGCUGUCAGACUUCCACAGCGAGCUGGGCGACCGCGAUGUGCGCAUCUCAAAGUGGCGGCGGCAGAAAGACGACAAGCGGCGGCGCGUGCUGCGCUACACCACGCCGCUCAAGAACGCGCUGGGCCCGCGGCAGGCAUUCAACACGGAGGUGCUGGAGGCUGUGCACCUGAGCGCCGGCGGCUUUGUGCUGCGGGGGCGGUGCGACUCGGAAGGGGUGCCCUUUGCCUCCGCCUUUGCCAACCACAUGCAGUGGGUGGCCACGCCGCACGGCGCGCACUCCUGCCGCCUCGUCAUCACAGGGGAGUGCCAGUUCCACAGCCCGGUGUGGGGGCCGCUUAAGGGCCAGAUCGACCGGGAGAGCGUCAAGGGCAUGUCCAAGGCGUACCGCACGCUGGUGCGCCUGCUGGAGCGGCAGUACGGCGGCGUGGAGACGGCCGCAGGAGGCGCUGCCGGCGGCAGCGGCGCCGUGACGCUCGCCAAGCAGCCCAGCAAGCUGUCGGGGCGGCGCGUGGCGGUGGGCGCGGACGCAACGGCAGCGGGCGCCGCGCCCGCGGUGGCCGGCGCCGGCGGCGAGGGCGCCAACGUGGCCGCGCUGCUGGCCAACCCGCAGACCAACGCCGCCGUGUUUCUGGCCGUCGUGAUGAUCAUGGUGGUCAUCUGGAGGCUGGCCUUCAUGCAGCCCAUGCUGAUGCAGGCGAUGCGCGGCGUGGCCAGCGCAGUGGCGCAGCGGUGA